AUGGCUUACAACUAUGUAGUAACUGCUCAGAAACCGACAGCCGUGAUAUCAUGUGUAACCGGCAACUUCACAUCACCAACGGACCUGAACCUCUUGGUGGCGAAGGUAUCCCGCCUGGAGAUGUACCUCGUCACUCCAGAGGGUCUGCGCCCCAUGAAGGAAGUUGGUUUGUACGGAAGAGUAGCCAAAAUGAAGAUGUUCAGGCCUCCGUAUGAGAACAAAGACCUUGUGUUCAUUCUAACAGCUAGAUACAAUGCCAUGAUAUUAGAAUGGAGAACCACUGCCAGUGGUGAGCUAGAAGUUGUGACGAGAGCUCAUGGAAAUGUAUCCGACAGGAUCGGAAAGCCUUCAGAGAAUGGCAUCCUCGCCGUAAUCGACCCACAAGCCAGAGUGAUUGGUCUAAGACUGUAUGACGGUCUAUUUAAAAUUAUACCUUUAGACAAGGAUUCUACAGAGCUCAAAGCUGCUAGUUUAAGACUUGAAGAGCUGAAUGUCUAUGAUGUAGAAUUCUUACAUGGUUGCUCCAACCCUACAAUAAUUUUAAUUCAUCAAGACCUAAAUGGCAGACAUAUUAAGACGCAUGAAAUAAAUCUAAGGGAGAAAGAAUUUAUGAAGAUACCAUGGAAACAAGACAAUGUUGAGACUGAAGCAUCGAUACUGAUUCCAGUGCCCAGCCCCCUAGGUGGUGCCAUUGUGAUAGGUCAGGAAUCUAUUGUGUACCAUGACGGACAGAGCUAUGUUGCCGUCGCCCCACCACAAAUAAAGUUAACUCCAAUAAACUGCUACUGCCGCGUGGACGGGCGCGGGCUCCGUUACUUGCUGGGCGACAUCGCGGGCCGACUGUUCAUGUUGCUGCUGGAGCUGCAGGAGAAGAUGGAUGGCACGCAGGCUGUUAAGGAUCUCAAAGUAGAACUUUUAGGUGACAUACCAAUCCCCGAAUGCAUGACAUACCUGGACAAUGGUGUAGUGUUCAUCGGGUCUCGUCUAGGGGACUCUGCGCUCGUCAGACUGUCAGCGUCGAGGGAUGAAGCCAGUCAGUAUGUACAGCCUAUGGAGAGCUUCACCAGCCUCGCUCCCAUCGUAGACAUGUGUGUUGUGGAUCUGGAGAGACAGGGACAGAAUCAACUCAUUACAUGCUCUGGCGCAUUCAAGAUGGGUUCGCUGCGUAUAAUCCGCAACGGUAUCGGUAUACAGGAGCAGGCCUCCAUCGACCUGCCCGGCAUCAAGGGCAUGUGGGCACUCACCCUUGCCGAGAACUCUACCUACCAUGACACGCUUGUAUUGGCAUUCGUGGGACAAACUAGAGUGCUAACUCUAAACGGAGAAGAAGUCGAAGAGACUGAGAUCAAAGGUUUUGUCGCAGACAGACAAACUUUCUUCACUGGCAAUGUUUGCCAUAAUCAACUAAUUCAAGUAACGGACGAAGGUAUCCGCCUGAUAUCUCGCGGCGGGUCUGGCUGGCGGCUGGCGGCCGAGUGGCGCGUGGCGGGCGCGCGCGGGCUGUCCGUCGUGGCCUGCUCCGCGCUGCGCGUCGUGGCCGCCGCCGGCCCGCGUCUGUACCUCGUCGCCAUACUCGACGGACAACUCGAGCUCAAAGCCGAGGUUUGUAUGGAGGAAGAGGUGGCGUGCCUGGACCUGGGCCCCGGCGGAGACGAGGCUCUGUUGGGCGUGGGACUGUGGACCGAUAUAUCUGUCAGAGUACUUAAAUUACCUGAUCUGAGGCCUUUGCACACGGAAAAAUUAUCUGGAGAAAUAAUUCCCCGGUCGCUGCUGAUCUGCGUGCUGGAGGGCGUAUGUUACCUGCUGUGCGCGCUGGGCGACGGGUCCAUGUUCUACUUCACGGUGGACCAGGACACCGGCGUACUCACCAACAAGAAGAAGGUCACGCUCGGCACGCAGCCCACUGUGCUCAGGAGCUUUAGGUCGCUAUCGACAACAAAUAUAUUCGCGUGCUCGGACCGUCCGACGGUGAUAUUCUCGUCGAACCACAAGCUCGUGUUCUCCAACGUCAACCUCAAAGAAGUUACCCACAUGUGCUCUCUUAAUGCUCAGGCUUACCCGGACAGUUUGGCGCUGGCGACGGACAGUACGGUGACAAUAGGCACCAUCGACGAGAUACAGAAGCUACACAUUCGAACUGUACCGCUGGGGGAGACGCCGCGACGUAUUGCGUACCAGGAGGCUUCGCAGACGUUCGGCGUGAUCACGAUGCGCGUGGACAAGCUGGAGUGGGGCGCGGGCGGCGGCGCGGCGGGCGUGGCCCCGCGCGCCAGCGCCUCCACGGCGGCCGCGGCCGUCAGCGGCGCGCCGCCCGCGCAGCCCAAGCACGCGCCCAACGCACUCGACCUCGAGGUGCACAACCUGCUCGUACUCGACAACCACACCUUCGAAGUGUUGCACGCACACCAACUGAUGACCAACGAGUUCGCGAUGUCGCUCGUCUCCUGCAAGCUGGGAGAUGAUCCCAACCACUACUACGCACUCGGCACUGCACUACUUAACCCGGAGGAGUCGGAACCUAAACAGGGCAGGAUCCUGUUGUUCCACUGGUCAGAAGGCAAGCUGGUGCAGAUUGCAGAGAAGGAGAUCAAAGGAGGAUGCUAUACAUUAGUCGAAUUUAAUGGCAAACUGCUCGCAACGAUAAAUAGUACGGUCCGCCUCUUCGAGUGGACUUCAGAGAAGGAGUUGCGGUUGGAGUGUAGUCACUUUAAUAACAUAGUCGCUUUAUAUUUAAAAGUAAAGGGCGAUUUUAUUCUUGUCGGAGACCUAAUGCGAUCCAUGUCAUUGCUUCAAUAUAAGCAGAUGGAGGGAAGCUUCGAGGAAAUAGCACGGGAUUACAGUCCUAACUGGAUGACAGCAAUCGAGAUAUUAGAUGAUGACACCUUCUUGGGUGCUGAAAAUAGUUUCAACUUAUUUGUGUGCCAAAAAGACAGUGCGGCGACGACAGAUGAAGAAAGACAGCAGAUGUCGUACAUGGGCCAGUUCCACCUCGGGGACAUGGUCAACGUCAUGCGCGGCGGCUCGCUGGUGGCGCAGCACGCCGACAGCGCCGCGCCCGUACACAACCCCGUCCUGCUCGCCACCGUCACCGGCUCCAUCUGUUUAGUAGUGCAAUUAGCCCCGGAAUUGUAUGAAUUUUUACAUCAACUAGAAGAGAGAUUAACACAUACUAUUAAGUCGGUGGGCAAGGUCCCGCAUUCGUUCUGGCGGUCCUUCAACACGGAUAUAAAGACAGAGCCGGCUGAAGGUUUCAUUGAUGGCGACCUCAUCGAGAGCUUCCUAGACCUCUCCAGGGAAAUGCAACAGGAGACGGUGCAAGGUUUACAGAUCGACGACGGCGGCGGAAUGAUGCGCGACGCGACAGUAGACGACCUCAUCAAAAUAGUCGAGGAUCUCACGAGGAUACAUUAG